AUGGAAGACCCUGUUGAUAAGCACACGCUCAUCAGCUUUUUCAUCUACGGCCUUGUGGAUGGGCCGGUGAAGACCUACAUGUUCCAAGAGGACUUCCAUACACUGGAAAAGGCGAUAGCGUAUGCGGAACAAGAAGACUUCAGCCUGAGACAGUCUCAGGCUAACUCGUCAAACUAUCAUCCGACGAGGCGACAGAAAACAGGAGGUCCCGAACCAAUGGACGUAUGUUAUGUCGAGAGCGAGAACUAUCACUCUCUGAGUCACAAGCUAACGUGUCCCCAGCACCGCAUCACGUCCUAA